AUGCGCACUUCAUCUCUGCUCUAUAUCUUUGCCUUCACAUCCUAUGUGGUGGCUGGAGAUGUAGAUGCCAACGAUCUUCCAUCCCAAUGCCAGGACGUCUGCGCCCCUGUAGUCAGCUUGACCUCAUCCUGUGACAAGAAGACCAACGACGAUGAUACCGCCGAGCUGAACUGUAUCUGCAAGGACUCUCGAGCAGCAAAGAGCCUACCGGAUUGUGAUGCCUGCAUCUCAAAGUACAGCAAAGAUGGAAGAGACAAUGAUGCAAAUGACCUUGUUCGGUCCUGCUCAUUCACUACCACUGAGUACACUGCCAUGACCACUUCUGGAUCAGGAAACUCCACCGGCUUCGCAAGCAUGGCUACAGCAACGGGCUCCAGUAGUAGCAGCAUCAUUACUGGAAGUGCGUCCUCUUCGGGGGUUUCAACUGCCUCAAAUGCUGCUGCCACAACGUCCAACGCCGCAGCCAGCCACUCUGAUCCAAAGAAUAGCAUCAUGGGUGCAGUAUUCUUUGGCUUAAUGGCGUUCGUUGCCUAA